AUGGGUAAUUCUACGAGUAGCACAACAUACUCUGAGUCACGAUCAAGAUCAAGUAAUUCAGAAUCGUCAACGAGGGAUGGAAUUGUUCUGUAUGGUCUACCAUUAUCACCAAAUACACAGCGUGUGUUGGCAGUGCUCGCGGAAAAAGAUUUGAAAUAUGAGUUUAAAUCGAUUAACAUCAUGGAGAGUGAGCAUAAAUCACGGAAAUAUUUGGAAGGAUUACAGCCGUUUGGACUCUUUCCUGUGUUGAUUGAUGAAGAUGGCUUCAAAAUCUAUGAGUCACGGGCUAUCUGUCGUUAUCUCGAAGAAAAAUACAAAGCCAAAGGCACUCAAUUGAUUCCCGCUGGGGAUAUCAAAUCCCGAUUUCUCUUCGAGCAAGCAGUCAACAUCGAAGCAUUCAAUUUCGAACCAGCAGCUAUUGGUAUCAUUCGAGAGAAAUUCGUGAAAAAAGUGCUUGGACUAGGAGAACCUGAUGAAGACAAAGUAGCAGAUUUAAGGAAAGAAUUGAAUGCUAAAUUGAGUGUUUACGAAAAUAUUCUCAGCAAACAACCAUAUAUGGCAGGACAAGUCUUCACUUUAGCUGACCUAUUCCAUUUACCGUGUAUGGCCUUGCUAUUCAGAAUGGGCGAUGGGGAUUUGAUUGAAUCGAAACCUAAUAUUAGAAAAUGGUGGGAGAAAAUUUCAGCAAGACCAUCAUGGAAAACUGUUGAAAAGAUGAUUUCAGAUGCAAAUCAAAGAAUAUGA